AUAGUAUUCCACCUAACAAAGAUUAAAAUUCAUGCAAUAUAUUCUUUAGUUUGUUUUGUUAAGUGCGAGAUACUAAACCUUUUCGAUUAUGUAUUAUAAGAGUUUUGUAUUUGUACAAGUGCAAUUAUAGGAAAUCAGUGAUUUCUUCCGUAAUAAAAAGCGCUCUGGAUAUUUUUCCUUUCCACCCUGUAUAUAUUUUUGUUUCUCUUUUCGAGCGUAAUUGGAUCCAGCUUAUCGAGUAAUAUUUAGCAGAGCCACAUUUCCAGGUAUAUUACUCUUUAUCAGACGAAGUUCUAAGCAACAUCAUUAUGAAGUCCCAAUUUAUUGAACAGGUACAGCUUUUGAUGGAAACGCAGCAUAUUAAAUACACGGAGACGCUCUUUGGUAAGCCGAAUAAUUACAUGUGGCUUUGCACCAAGAAGCCUCAUAUGGUGUAUUGGAUGAGUACCAGAGAUGAGAUUAAAAUUCGUCAAUGUUUGGCCAAGAUUACCCAAGAACAAGAAAUAAGGGUUCUGAAAAAAGUUCUAACGUACCUUGAUAGGUACCCUAACGCCAGUCCCAGCAAAGUACCGGAAAUAACACUGUACUACUUGAACGAAGCGCUUACAACGAAUUUCUUAAAACAAGCUCAGCAAGAGACCCAGAAGAAACCGUUCUCUAGGAUGGCCAGCUUCAGGAACAGUCUGAGAAAAUUCAGCUUGGUAUCGAACAAGUCUCAUCUGGGUGUGCCCCAAGACAAUGCCAAGCCUAGAAGAUCGGUGACUUUCAAUGAGGUUCCAGAAAUUUAUAGAAUUUCUUUAAAUAAAUAAUAUUGUGAUGGAGGUAUUGUUUUAAUAAUAAUAAAGGAGAUUGACU